AUGGCAGAUGCUCUGUCCUGGCCGACAUCCGUGAAAACCCGGCACCAGCUCGGGACGGUCUUCCAUCAGCAGGGAAGAAGCGAGGAAGCUCUGCGCGAGUUCAAUGCUUCGCUGAUGAUUCUGGAUGACAACGCGCUGACAGACCACUGCAUAGCGCAGGUCUACAUCGAAACGGGCCGCUACCAUCUCGCUUUGGAGCGCUUCGAGAAGAUUCUGCGUGGGCACGGAGUGGGAUUCUCUGCGUUUAAUCUCUGGAUGCUGUAUGUGGACUACGGCUUUACGCUGGUUGCCUUGGGCAAGUUCCAAGAGGCUAUCCAGCCGCUGGAGUAUGGUCUCUCCAGGAAUGCUGCAGUCCCGCACGGACAGAAUGCUCUGGGUUACGCCUACGCGCAGCUCAACCAGUUGCAGGAAGCGCAAGAGGUCCUUGCACGAGGUCUGGAGUACGAUCCCGACAACCCUGUGAUUUGGUCGAAUCUGGCCGUCGCCGCAUGCUCAGUCCGUCGAUUCCGGGGCACGACGGCAUGGUUAGCCAGAGGUGUGAUUAUGACCGUUUGUACGAUGUUGUCUUCACGAUGCUGA